AUGGCAGCAUCUGCAUUCAUUUGUGCGCUGUUUCUGCAGCUAAUUGUACUUAUUUUCAAUGCUUUAGGGCUUCGAGUUGAUGGCCGUAGACCUCCUGAGCUCCGUCGAUUGCUGACCAAAGUGGGCUUAUUUACAAACGCCGAUGGAUCUGCAUAUAUUGAGCUGGGUAAUACAAAAUGUGUUGCAGCAGUUUAUGGCCCAAAAGAAUCAAAAAUUCAGAGUGCUCAGCUUCAUGAUCGAGCGGUAAUUAAUGUUGAAUACAAUGUAGCAAGUUUUAGUUCGGGAGAGAGAAAGUUGAAAAUGAAGCGAGAUAAACGGAUGCUGGAAAUUGCAUCCAUUAUCAAACGAACCUUUGAGCCAGUAGUUAUGACUUCAACUUUUCCUCGAUCAGAGAUUGAUAUAUAUGUCCAAAUUCUUCAACUAGAUGGCGGCGCUUUACACGCUGCAAUCAAUGCCACAUGUUUGGCUAUGAUUGAUGCUGGUAUUCCCAUGUCCGACUAUGUGAUUGCCUGUUCCGCUGGAUUUUCAAAUGGAUCGGCUCUACUCGAUUUGAACUAUAUUGAAGAAUCAGCUGAACUGCCUGUUUUAACGGCUGCACUGUUGCCCAAAAGUGGAAAACUUACAAUGCUGAGUAUGGAAUCGAGGCUACAUUUGAAUCAUUUUCAGGAUGUCUUGAAUCUUGCAACUGAAGGAUGCAACACGCUCGCCGAGUCAUUGAAUGAAACAGUUCGAAAAGCAUGCAAAAAACCCAGACCAAUUUAAAGUUUAAAUCAAAUGUGCCGUUGGGUUUCUUUAAAACCACUAUCCAUGGCGCUUA